GCUUACAACUAGUUUCCCAAGGCAGUGAAUUGUCUUUACUAACUAAGGAAAAGGUAAAUAAUCUCGACAACUCUCUUCGUCCCCGUCAAAAAAGACCAAGCCAUUAGUCUCCAACUCGUCUUACUCGUACUUCAUUAUGCGCACCAAUCGGCACCUAGCGGACGAGAUUCCCCCGAAUGGGACAACUUCCCGCGCCCGCUCCGGUCCCCGGUGGGACUGGAACCAUUGAGGGGGCGGGCACGUAGGAGCUAUACAAAUAUAUAGGAGCACGAGAUCCGAGUUGAGGGGAAGUAUGUUCUUGAGACUUCUUCUAGUUUGGGGUAGAAAUUAUCAUCGAUUUCACAAUGGCUACCUUCACCAAGAUUGUUGGGGAUGAGACCCCUCUCAUCGAAGUUGAUGCUGGGAAGCGCUUGUCUAAGAUUGAUCCUAUGACAUAUGGAGGAUUUACUGAACAUAUGGGUCGCUGCAUAUACGGAGGUAUCUAUGAACCAGGAAGCCCACACGCCGACGCGAACGGGUUCCGAAAAGACGUCCUAGACGCUCUACGGGAGCUCGAUAUCCCAGUAAUCCGAUACCCAGGCGGGAAUUUUGUCGCAACAUACCAUUGGCAAGACGGCAUCGGGCCUCGCGACAAGCGUCCCAAGCGACCCGAACUCGCGUGGCUAGGAGUAGAAUCGAACCAAUUCGGCACCGACGAAUUCAUGCAAUGGCUGGAUGUCCUAAGCGAAGGCCUACCGAACGGGCGUAGGGUCGAGCCAUACAUAUGUUUAAACUUCGGCACCGGCACAUUAGACGAAGCCCUCGCAUGGCUUGAAUACUGCAAUGGUACACGCGACACAUACUACGCGAACCUCCGUCGCGCAAACGGACACCUCGAGCCCUACCGGGUAAAAUACUGGGCCCUCGGCAACGAAGUCUGGGGACCAUGGCAAGUCGAGCAAACCACCAAAGAAGAAUACGCCAGAAAAGCCGUACAAUGGGCCAAAGCCCUACGUCUCCUCGACCCCAGCAUAACCCUCAUCCUCUGCGGUCAAGACGGACAAAGCUCGUGGGACCACCACGUCCUCCGCGAAGCGGUGUCUUCCGUCGACAUGCACAGCAUCCACGUAUACACAGCCUCAAACACACACCUCCAAAACGCAACCGCGCCCCUAGCCGCUGAGCGCGCGAUCCGCAUCACCGCCUCCCUAAUCGAACUCGCGCGCAUUGAAAACAACGUACCCCCCAGCAAACCACCGACCAAGAUCUGUUUCGACGAGUGGAACGUCUGGGACCCGGAGCGCGCCCCGGGUGACAAAGGCGCAGAAGAACAAUAUACACUCUCCGACGCCUUAGCCGUCGGGGUGUGGUUAAACGUGUUUGUGCGGCAGAGCCGGUACAUCGGGAUGGCGAAUAUAGCACAGACCGUAAACGUAAUCAGCCCCUUACUCACGACCAAGCGCGGUGUCGUGCGUCAGGCGACUUGGUGGCCGCUACUACUUUUCUCGAAGUAUAUGCGUGGAUGGACUGUUGCCGCGCAUGUUAGAGCUGGAACGUACGAUGGGCCUACGCAACCCACUUGGUUACAAGGUGCGUUGUUGCAGGAGAGUGAGGGGGCGCCUUUAUUAGAUGUGAGCGCAGCGUUGGGAGAUGAUGGAUUUGUCAAUCUGGCUGUUGUUAAUAUUAGCGAAGAUGAAGAUUUCGCUGUAGAUUUGAAGGGUUUAGGUAGCGAUGUGGCCGUAUACACCGUAGCUGGGGCACAAGUUAGUUCGACAAAUACCGAGGAUAAGGAGGAAGUGGGCUUAUCUGAAGGCCGUUGGGAUGGAAAAGGGAAAUAUACGUUUGCGAAGCAUACGUUCACGCUGUUGAGAUGGAAAUCGUAAACAUUUGA